UUGACUCAUCCAGCGCAGGACGAACAACUACAGUACAGCACACCUCCUGCAUCGAAGUGCAAGAAGGUGCAGCAAGAGCAGCUUGUGAGGAGGAGCCGCUGAAAAGAGACCAUCACCAUCACACACCUCAUACAAGCAUGACAGACGCAGCCGCCAAGGAGCUCGACGAACGCUGCUUCCUGUCGGCGCAGGCCAUGUCCAGCCUCAAGGUGGCCGACCACUUCCAGGUUCUGAAGUUCCUGGGAGAAGGUUCCUACGGCAAGGUCAUGCUGGCCGUGCACAGGAAGAGAGGAACCCCGAUGGCUCUGAAGUUCUUCCCUCGUCAGUCCACGACUCUCACAUCCUUCCUGAGGGAGUACAACUUGUCUCUUUCCUACUGCACACAUCCCUCGCUGACGCGCGCGCUGGGCAUCUUUUUUUCCACGUCAUCCCAUUACGUCUUCGCCCAGCAGGCCGGUCUCUACGGCGACCUGUAUAGCGUAAUAGUAUCAGAGGUUGGCCUGGAUGAGGAGCGUGUCCAGAGAGUGAUGUCCCAGCUUAGCGGUGCCGUGACCCACCUCCACACUCUGGGCUUCGUCCACCGGGACAUCAAACCGGAGAACAUCUUCUUGUGCGACAGCUCGUGCCGCUGGGUCAAAUUGGGUGACUUCGGCCUGACCCGGGCCAUCGGUUACACCGUCGGCGCCGUCUGGUACGAGUCGCCCUUCUGCACCCCCGAGGUAGAGCCCGUCAAGGAGGCAGACAAGGCGAAGGAGUGCGAUGAUCCGGAGGAGGAGAAGGAGACUCUUUGGAUAACGGUGGAGCCCUGCAUCGAUAGCUGGGCCCUUGGGAUCCUCACCUACUGCCUCUUGACUGGCUGCUUCCCCUGGGAGGAGAGCACCAGCGACGACCCCGGCUACACCAGAUACAAAGCCUGGUUUGAGCGUGAGGAGAGGAGCGGGAGAGGCGACCAGGAAGCAGACUGCUACACAAUCAUGAAGGAGAACCACCUGAACAACCCGCCUCCGUCACAGUUCCACGGCCUCAGCUCGCUUGUUAUGGCGCUUUUCCGACAGCUGCUCCACCCCGACCCGGAGCGGCGAGGGAACCCAGAGGAGAUCCUGAGCUACCUGGGAGGACCCUGGCUCAUGGAGACCGAGCAGGAGGAGAGGAGGAGGGCUGAGGAGGCCGAGAGGGAGGCCAGGAAACUCAGGGAGGUGGGAGGAGGAGUGGAAGAAGAGCUUGUGAGGGAAGGAAGAGGGGAGAGAUAAGCUAACAUAAAUGUAUUUUUUUUAAUUUGACCAGAUAGACUACUCACAAAAACUUGAGGAUGUUGGGCUUUGGGAAUGAAAUUUCUGGAAGAACCUUAAAUCGACUAUAAUCUUUACAGGUGACCUUAGAUUGAUCGUCUCUAAACAUUUGAAUGCACAUGUCACACUGCUCUAUGAUUCAGUACAUUUGGGACAACUUGCUGUUCUCUAACAAGGAAUAAAGGUAAUAGUGCAUUUUAGGUACAUCUCGAAAUUUCCAAAUAUCCAUAACUUUUUCUGAGUAAAGUGGUGCCUUGAGUUACACAGUUAGUUCGUUCCGUGACCACAGUUAUCACACAAAACACAUUGAAAUGAAUGUAAAUGAAUACAUUCCAGCCUACCAAAACAACAACAAACAUUAUUGUAACGUGUUUUGGUUUUAAAAGUGCACUUAACAAAAACAUA